UGGUGUUUCAUACAUAGAUUCUGAUUCGCGUGAUCUCCAAUUUUGUACCAAUUUUGACUCUCAAAAUUUUAAACCAGUCAUGAGCAACUGGGGCGGAAACACCGGUUUUGGAUAUUACGAUGCUGGUGAUGAUGAGGACCAUGACGAGGAUGAAGCUGGGUUCGAGUGGCAGAAAGCUGGGAAGGACAGUCUCAUUUUCCUCAUCGAUUGCUCCGAGCCUAUGUUUGAAAAGAGCGAUGACAAGAGCCACUUCGAGAUGAGUAUUGAGUGUGCCAAGACUGUACUGAGCAACAAGAUUAUCAGCAGUGAGAAGGAUCUGGUCGGUGUGGUCUUCUUCGGGACUGAAAAGGACAAGAACAGCGGAAGCUUCAAGCACAUUUAUGUUCUUCAGGAUCUUGACCAGCCGAGUGCCAGCAGAAUUCUGGAAUUGGAAUCUUUCCACUCAGAGGGGAACAAUGACUUUGCCAACAAAUAUGGAUUUGAGUCCGGGUAUAGCCUCAGCGAUGCUCUCUGGACCUGUUCUAACAUGUUUUCACAAAGUCCACAGAAGGUGGGAUACAAGCGUGUUUUUCUCUUCACCAACAACGACGACCCACACAAGGGCAACAAAGCAUUCCAGAGACAGGCCAAGCAGAAGGCGAAAGAUCUCUACGACAUUGGUAUCGAGAUUGAGCUCAUGCACAUGACGCAGCCAGACGCAGACACGAAAUUUGGCUUCUCAGAGUUCUAUCAGGACAUUGUUCAUACAGGUGAGGAUGAAGAGGGCAUCAUCCCGAAUGCAUCUGAGAAGUUUGAUGAGCUCCUAGCGAGGGUACGGGCAAAAGAACACAAGAAAAGGACCAUGGGAAGGAUUCCGUUCUCUCUUGGAAAAGGACUGGAGCUAGGUGUGGGCAUUUACACCCUCGUAAGACAGCAGACCAAACCGUAUCCUAUCAAGUUACAUCGGCAGACCAACGAAGCUCUCAAGGGAAAAUCCAAGAUGUACUGUGAGGAUACUGGAGAGCUUCUUAUGCCGUCUGACAUCAAGAAGUAUCAGGCGUAUGGAGGGAAAAACAUCAUCUUUGAGAAGGAUGAGGUCGCUGAAGUGAAGAAAUUUUACGAUCCAGGGCUAUUGCUGAUGGGUUUUAAGCCAAGGUCAGCCCUGAAGAAAUACUUUCACGUCAGACCAGCCCAGUUCCUAUUCCCCGACGAGAGUUCGGUUGCGGGAAGCAACACGGUCUUCAAUGCCCUCCUGCAAAGAUGCUCGGCCCGAGACGUGGUUGCCAUCUGUCGUUACAUUCCGCGCAAGAACACAUCUCCGAAGUUUGUUGCCCUCUUGCCUCAGAAAGAGGAGCUUGAUGAGAAAUCAGUUAAGAUUGCCCCUCCCGGAUUUCAUCUCAUUUUCUUGCCUUUCUCAGAUGACAUCAGAACACUAGAACAUCCCACUAACCCUAGAGCGACGCUGGACCAAAUCGACAAAGCCAAGAAGGUCGUCAAGAGCCUACAGUUCAAGUUUUCCUCAGAGAACUUUGAGAACCCUGUACUCCAGACACACUACAGAAACCUAGAGGCUCUCGCUCUCGACAGGGACACAGCCGAUGAAAUGGUAGAUCACACAGCACCCAACAAUGAGAUGAUAGAGAAGAGGGCGGGGCCAGCCAUUAGAGAAUUCAUGGAGUCUGUCUUUCCGGAAGGGUACGAUCCAACAGCCAAACCAGCUGCAAGGAAGAAGGCGGCCGGUGGUACCAUUGAUGUUGCUGAAGAAGCAAGAAAAGGAAAGCUUUCUAAAUUGACUGUAGCAGUCUUGAAGGAGUUUUGUCAAAAGAAUGGGCUUUCAACAACAGGGAAGAAGAACGACCUCAUAGAAACCAUAAACGAUCAUCUAGGACUAUAGACCCUCAUCUACACACGAUCCAACGAGCUCUGCAACAUUAUUUGCUUUAUAUUCACUUGGUCUGAUAGCAGAUCUUCACCUUCUUAGAUGGUCACACGUCAUUAGCACUUGAUCUGCACCGGUGACACAACAUUUGCUCCGGGAACAAUUGCUCUAUUUCAUCUAAGAUAUAGGGUUAUAGUUAGGGUUAGGGUUGUUAGGCUUAGGAUAGGGUAUAGUGUUAAAUCCAGGGUUGAAGUUGGUCACUCCAUUAGUGUGUGGAAUUUACUGUGGAGCGAUUGUCAUGGAACCCUCUACACCAUUUUUGGCCUAAUACCCACCUAGACUCGUUGACAUUUAGUCUCCUGCUCAGCUUGUUUAAUUUCCAUUUUGUCUACUUAUUACAUUGCACUGACUUUGUCAAAGAUAAUCUGGUCCAUGAACAGAUUCAUCUAGCCAUAUAGACUAAUGUUGUUAGACUCGGUUUACACCCCAGAUGGUCGGAUUCCAUAUAGGCCAAACCCAUUUACUCUCAUUUCUGUUUGGUCUACAACUACACUUUGUCUAAUGCCCACUUAGUCUAUUGUCCAGUUGGUCUUAUUUCCACUUUGCCCACUCAUAUUUUUUUACUUUAUCAAAAGAAAUAUUGGUCCAUGAACAGUUCAUAGACUAUGUGAGGUUAGACCAAGUGUUAAUAAAUCAAAUUGGUACAGCCUAAGUGGAAUUUUUUUUAAUGGUGAAUGGGCUAAAUGGCAAUUAGACCAAAUGGUUAGUAGAUGAACUGGUUGUAGACGAGCUAGUAUUAGGCUAUUUGGAAUGAGACCAAUGGAAAGUAGACCAAGUGGCAAUCUACCAUUUUAAAGGGUGGUCAAUGCUGCAGCCAAGAAGUUGAAAAAUAAGUAGUGAUCAUGAAUUUAUAAUAUAUGAUAAUAAUUUGAAGAUCAUAUGGGACUAUUAUAUCUUCAUCAAGAUACUUCUUAUAUAUAAUAAUAUAAUAAUAUAGGUAUAUUUACCCAGGGUAGCCACUUCAGUUUCGAAAACUGUUCUACCAGCGGGCCCUGCUAUUAUUAUUACCCCGGCUUUAGCUGAGCUGCCUAGGCGCUCAAGCAUUCAAGGAAUUUCUUCCUACCGGGUACCCAUUCACCUCACCUGGGUUGAGUGCAGCACAAUGUGGAUGAGUUUCUUGCUGAAGGAAAUUACGCCAUGGCUGGGAUUCGAACCCACGACCCUCUGUUUCAAAGUCAGAAGACUAAUCCACUGGGCCACAACGCUCCACUCUUGUAUUUCUUGCUUCAUUUUGAUUAGCUAGUCAGCCAUGCAUCAUGUAAUGAUGCCCUCUCAGUACUAGAAAUUAAGUUUCUGCUUCUUGUACACCAUGCUAUCAGACCAGGGCCCUAUUGCAUAAAAGUUACAAUUAUGGUAACUUUGCCAUCCAAUGGUAACUACCAUGGUAACGCUGAUCAACAGCCAAUCAAAUGCAAGGAUUCCAUGCAUGUUCACUUGACAUAGACCAAGCACAAGACCGGCAAAUUGUAGCUUUGAUUUCGGCCUCAACUCAUCCUUGGAUUAGUAGCAAUAAUAAUGUUGCAUAACGUUUAUGUUCUCUGUUGCAGUCAAGGAUCAAGCCGGAUUAGACAUAAUACCAUUUAAGGGGCCAUAUUGUUUUUGCCCAAUACUCCGCCUCUCAAAACUAUUGGCCCGAAUUCACAAAGGUAGUUUUUAAAACCAUCGGUUGAACCCAUGGUUUAUGCAGAUUUCCUGUAUAAAUUACGCUUACCACGUAUAUUAAAAAAUGUCCAAUGCUUAGCACUCUUUUGUGUCAAUUUGGCGCACUGUGACAAACGUGUUCAUCAGCAUUGGACAUUUUUUUAAUAUAUGCGGUAAAUAACCAUAAUUUAUACAGGAAAUCUGCAUAAUCCAUGGGUUCAACUGAUGGUUUUCAAAACCACCCUGUGAAUUCGGGCCAUUGUGUCUAAUCCUGCUGGUCCAUACCUGCUUUGUUGUACUAUAUUUUUAUACUUUUAUUCAACAUGUAAUUUUAAAGAAACGCAUAUAAUGCAUACCUUGAAUAAUGUUAUUGUUUGUAUUCCAGAAGUAGUUCUUAUUGUCACAAUUUUUAUGAAAGAUCCUCAGAGGAUUUCAGCAGUCAAAAAAAAAAAAUCAGAUUAAUAGGUGUAUGGCUGUAUUGGAUGGUUGAAAGUCUAUGAUUUUAUUCACUUUUUGACACAUGAUAUAACACUAUUUGAGGAAUCAAAAUAUGAAUUGAGACCAUUAAAGACUGAAAUCAAAGACUGAAAUUUAUUGAGAUUAUUGAUAUCUGGCAGUUUUGUUCAGUUAUUAAAAAAUGUCAUAAAAAAGGAAAGUCUUCAAUUUUGGCCCUUUUGGGGCAAUGAACAAAUUGUGGUGUACUUUACUGGUGAUGUGAUCACCUCAGUAUUAGUCUAGGGGAAGGUUUCAUGAAAGGGUUUGUGAGUGAUUUUCAUUGAUGAAUGUUAAAAGCUACUGAAAUCCUUGCCUUUGAUUGGCCAAGAGAAAUUUGCCAGUGACAAUCAAUGACAAGACACUUCAUGGAAAACUCUCUUGGUUGUCCUUUCAGAUCAGAGGGACUUUAUUUUUAUGCCUGAAAUGUAAAUUGUAACAAAUCAUGGAUUUGAAUAUGCAUCUAAAUAUAAAUUUAGAAAAGUCUUGAUAAAAUUGCUAA